UCUGAGCCAGGCUUUUGGGCGUUGUUUUCGUUGCUGCAAAGUGGAUGAAAUUAAGAACUUUGAAGAAUCUAAACAGUUCUUACAUCUGAAUGGGAGUUGUACCAAUCCUGGAGAUCACCAAUAGCGCGCAGAUGACAAUUGAGCGUUGUGCAGCAGGCAGCCUUCAAGUACCACACCCAUAAAAGACUAUGUCCACAAUCGAAGAGGAACGCAAGGCGUACGAAAAGAAUCCCUACUUCACCGGUCACAUCUACGGCAACUUCUCGCCGUUUUAUGUGACUAUUGCCAUCUGCACGGUUGUCCUUGGCUCGAUCAUCAUAUUAAACAUCAUCUUGGGCUGCUGCUCUAAGCACCGCAAGUACUGGCAGGACAGACACACGGGUAAUCGCUGGCUGGUUUCCAUUUGGUCAGCCACUCCGCAUAAGCAGCCUCCAUUGGACUUUACUGAACUGAAGGACGCAUCCUAUUUCCAGCGCUUCCAUCCCACCACUCAUCAGCAAGUGUUCCCCGACGACGUCGUGAUUGGCGUUGACGACUUAGAGCCCGUGCAUCAGUCACCGCCGCAUCAGCAGCAGCGUCCACCGCGCCCCGAAGGACGCACCCUGCACCAGCAGCGACAGCGCGAAGAGUACGUGGAGCUGCAGAAGCGCGAGAGCGACAUCUAAGCGAAAAGGAAG